AUGUUCAGGAAGAUUAAUAAUGUGUUCAGACCCAACCACCACGGACACAGAGGGCGCGAUGGUGGUGGUUUUCGUUCUGAGCAGGACUACCACAACGCCUGCACUGUCAGGCUGGUCCGCAGCACCUCUAUGCUCGUGGUGGGGGAAAAAACUCAGGCUGCUGUGGGCUCAACUUUAAAACGGAGUAAAAGCACUGUGAGCAUCGAGUCGACCUUGUACUAUUAUCAGAGACAAGAGGACAGGAUAUGGCUCUACUCUCAGAAUCAGAACUGCCUGGAGUACCUGGAAGCGCUCGUGGCUUUGAGACGGCAGUACACAAAGAGCGUGAGUGACUUGAAAAGUAACGACGCCAAGGCCACAUUGUCCUCUAAGAAGAAGCCUGCACCCCCGCCGCCUGCAAAGGAAGAGCUGAUAUCAAGAGCCAAACCCUCUGCACCUCCAGUCCCCAACGUCGAGGACACUCUGCAGUUUUUUGAUGAGGUCAUUGCUGGCUGUGACAGCGAGCCUCUGCGCAAACCGUAUAUGGAUGAUGGACACGCAGAUGUGGACUUCAUAGUGGCCUCCAGCUCGACCGAACACGACCUCCACUCCAACUGGGUCUUGCGUGUUCCUCGGGUUGCAGAUGACCCCAAAGACAAAGUGGUUCAUGACCGUGCCAAUGAAAGCGCCUCGAAGAAGAAAAACCAGAGCAGGUCCACAAGCAGCAGACUGCGGCUGCAGAGGAACCCGAUCCAUCUGCCCAAAGUGGUGGAGAGCGCAUUCCAGACUCUGCGCUUCAAGCCCAAAUUAAAAAAGCAGUGA